UGACAGCGUUGCUUUGUAUUGUUGCCCUCGCUGCUGCUGAUGCCCCGCCUCUGACGGUAGCCUUAAACCUGGCACCCAGCUAAAACAAACGAAAGUCAGCCUCGAGCUCCCACUCAAGCCAAUUAAGGCGGACUCCAGGCUCCCUCUUACGUGUCCAGCUCGCUGCCCGAAGCAACAGGAACCAGAGGAAGCUGGCCAACGACAAGAAGGGACGGCUUUGCUUUGCCUUCUAAUUUCUUUCCUCUCCAGCACAGAACAAUGUCGAUGAGCCCCAAGCAUACGACUCCCUUUUCUGUGUCCGAUAUCUUGAGUCCUCUUGAGGAGAGCUACAAAAAAGUAAGUAUGGAGAGCAGUAACUUGGGGGCUCCUCUCGCUUCGUACAGACAGCCGCAAGUCACGCAGGCGGCCAUGCAGCAGCACCACAUGGGCCACAACGGGACGGUGCCCGCUGCCUACCACAUGACAGCUGCCGGGGUCUCGCAGCUGUCCCACACGGCCAUGGGAGGCUACUGCAACGGCAACCUGGGCAACAUGAGCGAACUGCCGGCUUAUCAGGACGGAAUGAGGGGCAGCACGACAGCCACCAGCUGGUACGGAGCAAACCCUGACCCGCGCUUUUCUACAAUCUCUCGGUUCAUGGGUUCUUCCUCCGGGAUGAACAUGGGCAGUAUGAGCAGUCUUGGUUCGUUAGCGGAUGUUGGGAAAGGCAUGGGCUCUCUGAGCAGCGCGCCCAGGAGAAAGAGGCGAGUGCUUUUCUCGCAGGCGCAGGUCUACGAGCUGGAGCGACGCUUCAAGCAGCAGAAGUACCUGUCCGCGCCAGAGAGGGAGCACCUGGCCAGCAUGAUCCACCUGACCCCGACCCAGGUCAAGAUCUGGUUCCAGAACCACCGCUACAAAAUGAAACGGCAGGCCAAAGACAAGGUGUCCCAGCAGCAGAUGCAACAAGAGGGCGGCUCGUGUCAGCAGCAGCAGCAGCAAUCUCCGCGGAGGGUGGCCGUGCCAGUGCUGGUCAAGGACGGCAAGCCGUGCCAGGGAAGCGGCCACACGCCCACCAGCGCCGUGCAGAGCCACCACCACCAGGGAGCCAACGUCAUGAUCAUGUCCAGCAACGGCUCGAUGGGCCAGCAUCAGAGCCAGCAGGUAGGCAGCGCCGGACAGUCCCCAGAUUUGGGGCAGCACGGCGCGAGCCCCCCUUCCCUACAAACGCAGGUGUCCGGCCUUUCACACCUGAACUCAUCAGGCACCGACUACGGCACGGCUUUGCCCUGUUCCGCUCUGCUUUACGGCAGGACGUGGUGACGACGGCGCGGACAAUGAGAAUGCGACAGACAGACGCACAGACGGACGGACGGACAGACAGACAGCAAGUGUAAGCUACAUAGUCUCGACGUCUGUCCUCAUCAAACCAACAAGAAAAUAAAAAUAAUAAAAAUAAAGUCAGAUACUGUAGCCAUUCGAACUGCGGCUCUGUUGCUCCAUCUGGUGCUUGGCCCCCUACAAUUUCUCCAGACUGCAGGGGGAUAGCAACAAAAAACACAGGCAGCGAGCAACACGGCCAUUUCAGACUGAGAAAGAUAGCCUUUCCAGUCUCUUAUUGCGAGGAUGUGCGUCCAAAGAUCGUGAAGAAGAUGGAAUUAUUUAUAAUAGUUUUUAAACGGAGACAAUAAAAGCCCACAUUCCCGACGGAUUAAAGCAAAAAGCCUCGUUUGCCCCCAUUAAGACGCCACCUCCCAGUCUGACUGAUUAUUCUUAUAGAUUGCAAUGUAAACCGUAGCUUGUACAUUUCUGUAAAAGGUUUGGAUUGAAUACAUAGUUUUUAGCGAUAUGUAUAUUGUAUAAAAUUUUUAUCGAUAUUGAGGGUUACAUGUUAUUUGAGUUCCAUUUGUAUUUGUACGUUUCAUUUCCUUGUAACUUAUAGAUAUUUGACUUAA